UCUUUGUCACGUCCUUGCAUCUAGUGUUCCUGCCUGUUCCUUUGUUUUCCCUGUUCUGGAUUAUUCGCUGUGUUUUUGGAACCCCUUUGUGUUUUCUGGAUUACCUUUGUUUGGACUUUGCCUUGAGCUCUAAGUUUUGCUGAAUAAAUCUUUUGUUUGAACUGCAUCCUCCUCUUGCCUUGCCAUUGUCUGCACUCAGCGCUCCCCGUGACCAGGUCGGUUGGUGUUAAUGUCAAGCCUUACAUGCAUGCACUUCAACUAUGUUCUCAGUCACUCCAGCAGUAGCACAACCUGCAGAUCACUCCUUGUUUAUCCAAUUAGGAUGUUUCUCCUGUUCUGCAUCCUUUGCCUGAUGCCUCCAAGUGGCUACAGUCAGCUCAGUGGUCCACCUGGUCCACCUGGUCGACCUGGUCUACCUGGUCCACCUGGUCCCAAAGGUGAACGUGGAUUUACUGGGCUAGUGGGACCUUCUGGACCUCCAGGAGUUUCUGGACCUGCUGUAAUCUGUGGACGAGAUGUGUUUGGCUCCAUUAACCAGGACCUUGAAGCCUUAAAGAACAGCCUUGCUAAGUUAGAGCUGGCUACAAACUAUGAUUUUUUCCGGAGGGUUGGUCAGAAAUACUUUGUGUCUAAUAAGGAGAGAGGCUCUUUCUCUGGGGCCACAGAGUUCUGCUCCCAACGAGGCUUGGAGCUGGCUUUGCCCCAGAACGAGGAGGAGAACAGAAUACUGACUCAAGUGUUUGGGGAUGUUGACAAAAUGGCCUGGAUCAACGUCAACUAUAAAAAAGCAGAGGGGAAUUUUGCAACAGAUCUGAAAAAUCGACCUCUGACCUUUACCAAAUGGGGAGAAGGGCAGCCAGACAAAUCCAUCCAGGACACAGGCUGCACCAUGCUGUCAGAAAACAGUGUUUGGCGAGUGACACACGAAUGCUCCUUAAAUGCUUACAUCAUUUGUCAGAUAUAGAAAGUUCUUAUAUCAUUGCUCUUACUUCCACAUGUAACACUCCCUAAACCAUCAUCAUCAGCAUGACAUUAUUACUGAUGCAAAGACCUCUUCCUUUAUGAAAAAGUAUCAAAGUACAUAAUUAAAGGAUAUUAUAAGAACAAGACAGGGUUCGAGACUAUUUUCACUGGGAGCACUGUAGCCCCUAACUGAAAAGUUUAGGGAAACAGGCAGAAAUUUUAGGGGCGCGAAACUUAAAUUGACCUGUAACGCAGUAAUAUUUCACAUUUUCCCCAUUUUAACUGUAUUAUUAAUAAAUGCUUUGGCAAUAAA